AUGGUGUUUGGGUCUCUCCUCGGCGCCCCUGACUCUAUGUCGCGUGGAAAACCUGUCGGCUGCAAGAAGAAGAACAAGAACGGAUGCCGCGAUGUUAAGCCAGUCCCCGAUCCCACGACGAAGCCAGACCAGCCCACGGUCAAGCCUACCGACAAGCCGCAGCCUACAACGACACCAAAGCCCGUGACGACACCGAAGCCGGAGACAACAUCAGCGCAUACAACAUCCUCGCCUGCCUCAUCCACGACUGAAGCCGGCGCCGGAUGUGCCUACUGCGGCGAGUUCGGAAAGACAAAGGCAGCUCGUGAUGAGAAGUAUCAACUCAUGUACGCCCGUGCGGGCAACUCUGCCGAUGCCCCGGCCUGCGUCGUACCUCCUGCAGACGGAUCGAUAACCAAGAGAAGCCUUUUUGGUUUUCUCCCAGACCAACUGUCGUCGCGAUCAUUGCUUUUGAAAGGACGUGGCCUUGCCGAGAAGGACACCAAGUUCGAUGGGUUUUUGCUCGGCGGUACGUACGAGGUAACGUUAUCCAUGGGAAAGUAUAUGCAGGGAGCCGAUGCCGAAAAGAUUCCGGAAAUCAGCAAGUUUUGGGCGUACAAAGAUCCACAGAAUACGAAUCAGUGCAGCGUGGAGGUGGUGAAAGAUGCCAACAAGGCAAAUGGAAAGAAACACGACACCGAACACGUCUUUGAAGCCCAAACUAUCAUGCGGUUUCUGUCCUGGCUGAGCAGUGAUUCUGGCGGAAAGCUUGGGACCACAUACAAGAUGCCAUCAGCUGCAUGGGUCGUUGACACGUUUUUGUCAUCCGAAGACAGUAAGACCGAAUUCCUUAUCGUUUCGCCUGGCAAGAUCAAUGCUGGCGAUCUCUUCACCCCAUCUUCCGGCGAACGAGGGGGUGCCCUAAUUGCCUACGGAUUCGGAAGAUCCGACGGGGUCAAGUCAAUUUCGGGAGGCCAGAACGUUGAGCGUAUUCCAGCCACUCGAGGCAACAAGAACCUUGCCUUACUGGAAAAGGAGAUCAAUAUGGCCAAGGGGAAGUGGUUUGGCAUGAACAGGGUUGCCAGUGACUACUCCAAGAUGAACACACAGUCUAUAUUCCGAACAGAAAUGCGAAGGGGUGUGGCCCCAUUUCAAUUUUUGGGCGCCAGCGACGGCCAGACGGACACCAUCUGGAAGAAAUGGGCCCGCGUUGCGAACUGGAUAGACCUUGUCAUGUACACUUUCGUUCAACAAUACAAAUGGGGUACGCGCGCUGGCGAGCCCAAAAACUCGAAGGGGGAUCCCUCGAUGCGGUCUCUUUGGGCGUACUGGAUCGAAAAGGAGCUUGGCGACAUCGAGGCCCUCGCCGCCGCCUGGGCGACACAGUCCGCAACUGUCUUCGACCAAAAGUUCCCGAAGAACAAGCGAUCCGCGGCCGAAGAGAAGUGGAUUAACGAUGCUUUCGGCACCAAUGGCUUUGCUACUGCAGCUUAG